CACAACAUUGUGUGUGUGCAUCGCAUGCCAUUUUAUCAUUGUAAUCGUAACGGUUAAAAUCAUAAUCUGAAAGAAAUUUUUUUUUUUGAAAGUGAAAAAUGGAAAAAACAUUGAAACGUUUAUCAUCUAUACGAACCGAAUCGGAUAUUUUACGUGAAUUUUUGGCUGAAUUCCUCGGUACACUUACAUUUGUGUGUAUAGGAUGUUCAGCUAAUGCUGUAAUGCUACAGAUGCCAGAAUUGUCAUUGAUUAAUGGACCACUUUCAUGGGGAUUAGCAUUAUCGGUUUCAAUUUACGUAUCCGGUGGUGUUAGUGGUGGUCAUUUAAAUCCAGCAGUUUCUCUGGGUUUGGCAUCUAUUGGAAAAUUACAAUGGAAAAAAUUAUUACAUUAUUUUCUGGGACAAUAUCUUGGAGCAUUUGUUGGUUCAUUAUUAGCAUACGCGAUUUAUAAUCAAACCAUAGAUCGUAUGCCAAAUGAUAUUACAUGGCCAAUUUUUGGUACAAAAUCAGCAUCACAUAUAAAUGCUGGAUCAGCAUUUCUAGAUCAAAUCAUUUCGACAAUGUUUUUCCUUAUGAUCAUAUGUUCAUUGACAGAUGAAGAUAAUCCAAUGAAACCAUCGAAAGGUUUAUUGCCAUUUGCAAUUGGUUUCAUAAAUUUUGGUUCAAUGAUUGCUUCAUUCAGUUAUAAUUGUGGUGGUGCAUUGAAUCCAGCACGUGAUCUAAUGCCACGAAUAAUGACGGCAAUUUUUGGAUGGAAAUCGGCACCAUUCGCUUAUAAUGAUUAUAAUUAUUUUUGGAUACCAAUUGUUGCUUGUCAUCUUGGUGGCAUUCUUGGUUGUUGGAUAUAUCGUCUUAUGAUCGGUAACCAUUGGAAAUAAUCAUAAUCAUGCACAUUAUUCUAUCUGAUGCAAAAUAUAACAAUAACAAAAAAAUCAUUCUAAUUUGAUAAAUAAAACAUAAAACAUUUUUAUUAUCACAA